UAUAUGUAUAAAAUUCGAAACAGUUCAAAUGGAAUGCCAAAAUAUUUCGAUAUUUCCAAUUAAAAAGAGUUAGUUAUUUCGUUGAAAUGGAACUCGUAACUUUGAAUGUACAAGCUCUUAGUCCUGUUUUAUAUAAUUGAUGAUACAAAUUAGUUAUCUAAUUUAAUUAAUUAUUAGUCCUUGGAUCCCCCAUCAACAAUGCUAUUACUACUUCAUAACAAAAGAACAAACAACAUAUACCAGAAUCACAUAACCAAAACAAAAAGGAAAAGCUUUCAAAAAAAAAAAAACAGAAAGGGAAAAAAAAACUACCCCUGAAUCAAUGUCCUAAAACAACGACAACAGCAGCAACAAUAAUUUUCAGGUUGUUUUCCUCUAAUGGUACUUGUCCAAUCUUUAAAACUCUCUCUCCCUUCUUCUUCUUCUUCACUUACAAAUUCUUUCCUUUUCGAACCAAAUUCACUUUCUUUAGCUUUAAUGCAUUCUGAUUCCUCUAUUUCUCUCUUUCCUUCCCUUUCUUUUCCUUCACUUUCCUCUCUUCCAAACAAACCUCAAACCCUAGUCCCUUCUCCUUCAUCUUCUUCAUCUUUUAUUAUCCUUCAGCAGAACACCCCUGAUAACCCUACCGUUCUCUUUCUUGUUGCUGGUCCUUAUAAGGGUGGGUCUCAGAUUCUUUUUAGGUUCUUUAUUUUGCAAGAUCAUGUUUUUACUAAAGUUAAAGUUGUCUGUACCCAAGAGGGACUUGAGUUUGAUCCGAAGUUGGGAGUUUUAAUGGAUGCGAACCAUGGAGUUUCUAUAAAAAUUGUUGGGUCUGUUAAUUUCUUUGUUAUGUAUUCUGUUUCUAGUAGGAAAGUUUGGGUUUUUGCCUUGAAGCGUAUUGGUGAUGGUGAUCGUGAUGAGGUGAAAUUGAUGAGGUGUGCUGUUAUUGAUUGUUGCCUUCCUGUUUGGUCUAUUAGUGUUUCCUUUGGGUUCUUGAUUUUGGGUGAGGAUAAUGGAGUUAGGGUUUUCAAUUUGAGGCAGUUAGUGAAGGGGAACGUUAAGAAAAUAAAGAUUUCUAAUUCCAAUGGGAAUUUGGAUAUGGUAAAUGGGAAAUUGGAGAGUAAAGGAUUCAGAUUGCCAAAUGGAAUGGUUGGGAGUGAUCAUCAUAGUAUUUCAACUUCUUGCAAUGGCUUCUUGGAUGGGAAGAUUGACAAGCAUUCUAUCUCAGUAAAGCAGAAGUUUGUUAGAUGCAGACAAGAUUCUGGUGAAGGUGGUGCAUGUUUUGUGGCAUUUGAGAGCAAAGAGGUUGAGGGCUUAAAAUUAACUGUGAAGGCAGUUUCCAUCCAGGCACUGUCUUCCAAAAAGUUUAUGAUUUUGGAUUCUAAUGGAGAUUUGCAUAUCUUGUGCCUGUCUAACCCUGCUGGUGGAUCAAACAUCAGGUUUCACAUGAUGCAUUUGCCUCACAGUAUGAAAGUGCAAAAGCUGGCUGUUCUUCCUGAUAUUUCUUCAAGAAUGCAAACUUUCUGGAUAUCAGAUGGACUACAUUCAGUGCACAUGAUGAUGGCGUCUGAAGUGGAUGUUGCUGUUAAUCAAAAUCAUGGAGAUGACAAUCAGGAAAAUCAAAUGGAAACCUCGGUUAUUCAAGCAAUCUUUGCUGGUGAAAAGAUACACGACCUUGUACCAGUGAGUGCAAAUGCUAUUCUAAUUCUUGGACAAGCAUACAUAUUUGCAUAUGCAAUGCCCUGAAGUUACUUGCAGUAUCUCAUUUUCAGCGGAAGUCAUUUUCCAUCCUAUCAGAUUAUUAUCACAAUUUUAAAGGAUUACUGAUCAAUGCUCUCGUAUGUAUUUCAGUUGGACAUCUUUUCUCUAUUUACCAUGGUUUUGGUUGUCCUUGUGUUGCCGAAUUCUUGAGCUGCAGUAGUUUCAUACUUAUAUUGAUGCAUGAGAGCUUGAGGGGACACAGCUCACUAUUGAAGAAGAAAUCGGAAGCAAUUGGAUGCAUGUCAUGGAGUUCUGGAGCUUCAGUGCUGAGUCUAUUCGGCAACUCGAAGCCACCUCCGCUGCACGGCUAGCUUCCAUGAAUUUGAAGAAAAAUUUGCUGCAGCCUAACGGCAUAGCUGUUUUGCCCUCUUCGGAGUUUUUAUUGUCUUUUCUUUAUCAGAGGAGCAAAACAGUUGUGAAGUAAAGGUCAUGAAAAUGGGGGACACUUCGGAGUUGAUUUUGUGUUACAAGACUCAUGAUUUGAGUUGUAUGAAUAUCAACAUGUAGACAGGCGGAUCCCCUACAUAAACAUGUAAGCUCAUUUCCUGCCUAAAGUCUGAAGGUCUAGUAACUUAUGCUUGAUAUCAUAUUUUCUCAUUAUAUUCUUACUUACCAUCCUAAUCUAAUGUGGGUUCAGCAGAUUGGUUUUAUAUAGUUCUUUAAGUUAACAGAAGCAGCUCUUUCAGAAUUUGGAAGUUAUGAACGUUUCGAGCAUUUUAAUUUGUAUAUCUUUCCAACAUCUUGCAUCUAAUUGGAUCAUUUUUUUGCUGUCA